CCAACAGGCAAAAGGAUGAUCUCAUGGCAACCUCUGCUCGGCACUUGUCGACGAGUCUCCCAAUCACAAUGUGUCCGUGUCGGUUCAGUUGACAUCCGAAGGGAUCGAAUUCGUCGCAUAUCUCAAAUGCUCACGACUCGUUGGGAUCAUCAAAAGUCACCAUAUGAUGUUUUGCAUGUUGCGCGGGGAGCUUCAUUGAAAGACAUUAAAUCACAGUAUUACAAGUCGAAUCUGCAAUUACAGUUUGGUUCAGUGGAUUUACAGGACAAGCGGUAACCCUGCUUUUGUUUUCUGCAGCUUUCUAUGGAAUAUCACCCGGACCGUACCAUCUCCAAGCCUUUAGAAGAACGGACACAAUGUAAUCAGACCUACAUUCUCGUGCAAAAUGCAUACGCCAUAUUGUCCGAUCCUCGUAAACGUGCCGAAUACGACUAUAUCCUCGCGACCCGUAUUGCACCCGUCGUGUCCUACACCCGAGCGCCAACUACUGCUGCCGGUCAGCCGCAGGCUUUCUGGGGCGACGGACAGACUCCAACCAACAUUGGCAAAAUCAUGACUCCGUGGGUCAUCGGACUGGGAGCAGUAUGGUUGGUUGGCACUGUGUUAUCAAUGUAUGUGUCAGAGCAGCAAAGCCAAUCUGAGGUAGAGGCGUGGCAGGAGUAUAUAAAGGCAAGAGAGCAGGAGGGUUUAGCGGAUGUGCUUGGCUAUACUCGAAAGUGAAGUAUGGUGCAUGGUCCAAAUGUACAUAGAGCGAUGGGGCUUUUGCCUGUUUCCGACAAUAAUAAUGUUUUCUAUAACCAACA